UUUUUUUUUGUUUUAUCAUUUUAUUUGAUUUAAAACCUCGCUCUUGAUAAGAUACAAAAAGAGGGCGAGAAAAUAAUUUCAGAAGACUAAAAAUCGCUACAAGAAGCUCUAGAUAGGCUUUCAUAAUAGAUGAAAGAUUGUCAAAUGUAGUUUAAUGCUGAAAAACGUGGGGCUCUGAGCUUAAGUAAGACUACUCAAAUAUCAGCUGGAAAUUGCGAAGGUAAGGUAAGACUUAGGUAAGACUAAUCAACUUGAAAUUGCGAAGCUUGAAAGCGAGAAAGUUAAUUUUAUAUUCUGAUAUAUAUAAUUGCAUUUGUUCUCAUAUAUCUACUCUAAUGGUACCGAGAGUACUAUCUCAACUGGGGAUCCAACUCCACUCCAGCAGUCACAAAUGAGUCAAGGUGAUCAACCUGUGUAAUUAACACCAUGAUAUUCACUUUUGAAAUAGCUUUGGUGACGCCCCUUGGGGAAACUUGCUCUUGGGAGGAUGGACGUGACGGAGGCGCCGCCGGAGAGGGAGCAGGUGAUGGGAGAGUCACAGUUCACAUUGGUGGACUAUGGGGUGUUCGUGCUGCUGCUGGUGGUGUCGGUGGGUAUCGGUGUGUACAGUGCCUGGAAGGGCCGCGGCGGCACCUCCACCCAGCAGUACAUGCUGGGGGGACGGAAUAUGCCGGUCCUCCCCGUGGCCCUCUCACUCCUCGGUGGAUCUAUAUCUGCUAUAUCAAUACUCGGUAACGCCACGGAGGUGUACUUCUACGGUACUCAGCUGACGAUGUCCCUUGUUGGAAGCAUAUUUGGUAUCCUGAUGAUAAGGAACAUUAUGCUGCCGGUCUUGUACCCUCUCCACCUUGUCUCCAUGUUUGAGUACAUAGAGCUGCGGUUCAAGUCACGAGCACUGCGCAAGAUAGCAACAGGGAUCCAGCUGCUUGGGUCGUUUGUGUUCUCUGGGAUCUGUCUGUACGCGCCUUCCCUCACCCUCUCCUCCGUCACCAGCCUCCCCAUCUGGGCCUCAGUCGUCACAAUGGGCCUCAUCUGCUCCUUCUAUAUAACCAUCGGCGGGGUGAAGGCGGUGGUGUACACGGACGUGGUGCAGACGCUGCUGAUGUUCGGUGGGGUGCUGGUGGUGUCAGUGAUCUGCUGCCAGUACAUGGGCGGCCCGGCCAACGUGUGGGCAAUCGCUGACCAAGGGGGACGAAUCGAGUUCUUCAACAUGGACACCAGCCCCUUUGAGCGUCACACCUUCUGGUCGACGCUGGUGCUGGGGGUCUACAUGGUGCAGAGUAUGGCUGGCUUCAACCAGGCCCAGUUCCAGAGGUUCAUUUCCGUCAAGAGUCUCCAGCUCUCCCAGUUACUGUGUUCGAUGUUCUUAGUGGGUCUGUUCAUGCUGUGGAGUGUCUUCUAUUUCUCCGGCCUCAUAGCCUAUGCUGUGUACAGAGACUGUGAUCCGCUCACCUCUGGAAGAAUUGAGAAACCUGACCAGAUUGUGCCGUACCUGGUGACGGACAAGCUGAGGCACCUGACGGGUAUGUCUGGCCUGUUUGUGGCUGCGGUGUACGGCGGCGUCCUCAGUUCACUGUCGUCACAAGGGAACGCUAUGGCUUGCAUCAUCUGGGUCGACUUCCUCAAGGACAGACCUUACUUCAAGAAGUUCACCGAUCGCAGCGCCACCAACAUUAUCAAGCUCUUAUCAACGAUGAUGGGAGUAAUAGGCAUAUUACUGGGGCUGUUGGUGGGCAGUCUGGGCACCAUCUUUCACGUGACCAAUGUCCUGCAGGGUGCUAUCAGGGGUCCCCUCGCCGGCAUGUUCCUCACGGGCAUCUGUGCUCCCUGGGUCGGCAAAAAGGGCGCCGCGGUGGGUGUCUUCCUGGCCUUAGUGUUCAACAUGUGGUUGACGAUCGGCAAGUUUGUGAGAGGCGGCGGCCACCCGGAGAAGCUGCCCCUCUCCACUCUCGGCUGUCCAGAGAAUCUCUAUAAUAAUACACUCAAAGACACUCUCUUCGGCCUCAACGACACCCUCUCCGGCAGCGUCUUCGGCGUCCACAACGACACAGGGACCCUUCAUGCAUCUGAGAGCUCCGGCCACACCAUGUACGACAUAUCCUACUGUUAUAUUGGCGUCAUCAGCGUCCUCAACACCAUCAUUAUCAGCUCCAUCGUCUCGUUCAUUACAGGUCCACUGGCUCCAGGGGAGGUUGACCCGCGUGUCGUGAACGCAACCUGCGCACGUCUCUACCGGCGACUGUGGGGACGGUUAAUGAGGAAACCCGGCCAGGAACCCCAGAGUGCCAUCACUCCAGAGGAAAAGGUGACUGGAGUACACAUGCUUCCCCCGCUCCGGACCACUGACAAGGCUGAGGAACAGACCACUUUCCUGGACCAAGUUAAGGAACAGACCACUUUCCUGGACCAAGUUAAGGAACAGACCACUUUCCUGGACCAAGUUAAGGAACAGACCACUUUCCUGGACCAAGUUAAGGAACAGACCACUUUCCUGGACCAAGUUAAGGAACAGACCACUUUCCUGGACCAAGUUAAGGAACAGACCAGCAACCAGGACAAGACCAGUGACCGAGCCUACUGACCAGAUACUCUCCAUAGGUGGCCAUGUUAAACCACGCCCCCCAAAAAAUCACACGCACGCACACACACACAAUACCACAUUUGUAAGACCAAUCCUGGAGUAUGCGGCCCCAGCAUGGAGCCCGUACCUUGUCAACCACAAGACGAAGCUUGAAAAAGUUCAGAGGCAUGCCACUAGGCUAGUUCCAAAACUUAGAGGCAUGAGUUACGGGGAAAGGCUGCGUGAAAUGCACCUUACGACACUGGAAGGCAGAAGAGACAUGGUCACUACUUACAAGAUUCUCAAUGGAAUUGACAGGGUAGAUGAAGAUAAACUGUUUAACACUUGACAAGGCAGCUGAAGCUGCACAAGCCUGAUUUAUUGAUUGAUUUAUUUGUUAUAUAUAUAUAUACAAGAAGGUACAUUGGGUUUAUGAGGGUACAUAGCAUGGUGUGUUUACAUUCUUGUAAAGCCAUUAACACGCAUAGC